AUGAGAGCUAUCUGUGUCCCAAGCCGCGUGCGGCUCUCGACGCUGCGCUGCUGUGCCCAUCUGCACGUCGGUCGCGCCACGGGCCCUGCAACGGAGGACUUCGUUGUCCGCUCUCCCUUCCAACCAAGCACAGCUCCCAAACUCCGUGUGAGCGAGGCAGGGACCGAUGCACAGUGGGUCAGCGUCGCCCCUCGAGGUAUCGGCAGCCCCGACCUGUGGGCGAAAGACAUGCCCCGCGUGGACAUCAGCAAGACGUUGACGUCGUCAUACACCAGCAAUUUCAUCCAAGCGGCAGUGAACCCGUCAGUGGUCACCAGAGCUGGUGAGAAACAAGCCUACGUAGAAGCUCUGGCGCUUAACGAGGCCGUGGAGGACCUGGACAUCCCGCGCGAGUGCUUCGUAGUGUCCACUCUGAUUGGCAGCAAUGUGGUGCAUCCGACCAAUCCGGAUGCAGACGACAGACUCACCCAGGAGUACGUGGAGAAGGGCGUGGAGAUCACCAUGAACGAGUUGGAUGUCGAAACGCUUGACCACGUCGUGUGUCAGAUCCCCGACGAAUUGGCUCUGAUCUCUAGUAAACGUGGCGAAUUGAUGGAGAAGUUGAAGACGACGUGUGAUGCACUAGAAAAGCUGUGCAAUGACGGAAAAGUGCAGAGUUACGGCUUCUCGUUGCCGAGUUUCGACUCGUCACGCGAACCAUUGGAAGAGCUGGUGGAGAAAACUUUUACUCCGUUGUCAGAACAGUUUGGACGGUUUGCCUCGUUGCAAUUGGCCCAGAAUGUGGGGAGUGCGAUCUCCCCUUUACCUGAAGCAGUAAUGCAGUUCCGCAAGGAGCGUGAGAUGCUGCUAAUUGGUGACCGACCUCUCGAGACGAUGCUGUCGAGUGGCAACCCGUUUCAUCUAACCACCUACAACGACAUGGUAGGUGAGGAUGUGGCGUUGUUACUGAAGACGGCGUUCAAUCUUGCUAUCGCUGUGGAGAAGAAGUACGUGGAGAAGAUUCGUCCUGAUAAGGAGCACCUUGAUCUCCCACCACCGGAGGAUGUGGCAUGGGGACACAUUCUGGCUAAUCAGCACAGCCAGUUCGACAACCUCCAGGUCUGGAGAUACGUCCGUGAGACGCAGAUCUUCCCUCGCUUAGACGCGACCAUCAAGGAGUUCAACAAACACAAGGAGACCGAGGAACUGGGCUUUGCCUACUCAAUGGCGAUGAACCAGCUGCUCAAGUGCUUCACUGGAUCUGUUGAGCUGGUUGACGCUGACCGUGCGAGCAACAUCAUGAGCGCGUGGAAGGAGAAGGGACUUCUUGUGUCGGACAAUAUGAGUAUCCAAGAAGUGGCAGUGAUGGCUACACUCAGCUCUGGCAUAGACAUCACAUUGCUCGAGGAGCAGCUCCCGGCUUCGUCCUCGCUGCCUUUCACUCACAGAUUCUCUCCCGAUCAACUGCAGCAGAUCGUAGCUCUAACGCGGCCUCAUCUUACCGUCGAGAAGUGA